UGUUGAGGACUGCCACAGACCGAGGUCGCUGUGCCCUUCUGGACAGAGCGUCCGGUGCGCCCCCGAAUCGACGCUCGCUUGCUCGCGGGGCUGCCGCGGUCCCCCAGUCCUCUCUCCUCCUCAGCAUGGGCGGCCGGUAGGAGCGGGGUUUCACCGAUUACCUCGCAGUGGAGGAGGCAGCAGCCGCUUCGGCAGUGAUGGCUAUGGCGGUGGAGACGCGGCUGGAACUGGUGGGGAAGCGGUUCUUGUGCGUGGCGGUCGGCGAAGAGGCUCGGCCAGAGCACGGGGAGAGUGGACGCUGUUGGCGGGGCUGGCGAGCAGGGGUCAUCCGAGCUGUGUCACACAGGGACAGCCGAAACCCGGACCUGGCGGUGUAUGUGGAAUUUGAUGAUCUUGAAUGGGAUAAACGAGAGUGGGUUAAAGUUUAUGAAGAUUUUUCAACUUUCUUGGUGGAAUACCACUUAAUCUGGGCCAGAAGGAUCGACCCUAGCCAGACUCAGGGAUCAAAGAGCAAACAAAUUCAGUGGCCUGCAUUGACUUUCAAACCCCUGGUUGAAAAAAGUAUACCCAGUUCAAUCACUGCGGUAGAAUUCCUUGUAGAUAAACAACUGGAUUUUUUAACUGAAGAUAGUGCCUUUCAACCCUACCAGGACGACAUAGACAGCCUAAACCCAGUUCUCAGGGACAACCCGCAACUUCAGGAAGAAGUGAAAGUCUGGGUAAAGGAACAAAAGGUUCAGGAGAUUUUUAUGCAAGUACCUGAAUUGAAGAAAUUUUUAUCUCCCAUUAUUCUCUUCUGUGGACUGACUUUUGUUUUAAUAGGUCCUUAUUCCUUAAAUGGAUACAGAGUGAGAGUAUAUAGACAAGACUCUGCCACCCAGUGGUUUACUGGCAUAAUUACUCAUCAUGACCUCUUCACUCGCACCAUGAUCGUUAUGAAUGAUCAGGUACUAGAACCACAGAAUGUCGAUCCUUCUAUGGUUCAAAUGACCUUUCUAGAUGAUGUUGUUCACUCUUUGUUAAAAGGUGAAAAUAUUGGCAUCACAUCACGGCGAAGGUCUCGCGCCAGUCAAAAUAGCAACGCUGUUCACGGUCAUUAUACACGUGCCCAAGCAAAUAGUCCCAGACCAGCAAUGAACUCCCAAGCUGCUGUACCAAAACAGAAUACACACCAGCAACAGCAACAAAGAAAUAUUCGUCCAAGUAAGAGGAAGGGCUCAGAUAGCAGUAUACCAGAUGAAGAGAAGAUGAAGGAGGAAAAGUAUGAGUAUAUAGCACGAGGAGAAAAUGCUAAAGGGAAAAACAAACAGUUGAUGAAUAAAAGAAGGAAACCUGAGGAAGAUGAAAAGAAACUAAAUAUGAAAAGACUACGAACCGACAAUGUUUCAGACUUUUCUGAGAGCAGUGACUCAGAAAAUUCAAAUAAGAGAAUAAUAAAUAAUUCCUCAGAGCAGAAGCCAGAGAAUGAGUUGAAAAAUAAAAACACUUCAAAGGUAAAUGGAGAAGAAGGAAAAUCCCAGAAUAAUGAGAAGAAGGUAGGAGAAGAGACACUAAUAAUAGACAGCCAGCCUCCCUGGGAUCAAAUACAGGAAGAUAAAAAACAUGAAGAAGCAGAGAAGCAGAAGUCUGUUGACACUCAGCUUCAAGACAAAAUGAUUAUUCGUUCAUCAGAGCAGGCCACACUUUCUGAUCAUAAUCCUAACGAUUUACUUCUUCAAGAAUGCAAUAUGGAAAAAACACAUACAGUGGAAUCAUUACCAAAGGAGAAAUUUGUGUCCAGACCACCCACACCAAAAUGUGUUAUUGAUAUUACGAAUGACACUAAUUCAGAAAAGGUGGCUCAGGAAACCUCCAGUACCUUUGGCCUUCAGACACUUCAGAAAAUGGAUCCUAAUGUUAGUGAUUCAAAACAUUCUAUUGCAAAUGCAAAAUACUUGGAAACAGCAAAACAAGAUUCCGACCAGAGCUGGGUCAGUGAUGUAGUUAAAGUAGAUUUAACCCAAUCAAAUGUUAGGAGUGCUUCCUCAGGAAAUGAUCACCUGAAUAUGGAAAAAGAGAAAAACCAGUAUGUCUCUUAUAUGUCUUCUCUGAGUGCAGUUUCUGUCACAGAAGAUAAGCUGCAUAAGCGAAGCCCACCCCCAGAGACAGUAAAAUCUAAACUUAAUACUUCAGUAGAUAUUCACAAGACAAAAUCAAAUCCCUCACCUGAAGUUCUUAAACCUAAAAUUACCCAUUCUCCUGAUUCUGUAAAGUCUAAGGCCAAUUAUGUGAACAGCCAAGCUGCUGGUGAGAGAAGACUGGCAAACAAGAUAGAACAUGAGUUAACAAGAUGCAAUUUUCAUUCAGUUCCUACUCGAGGCAGUACCUUAGAAGCUACAAAGAGCCCUCUUAUCAUUGAUAAAAAUGAGCAUUUCACAGUUUACAGAGAUCCUGCACUUGUUGGGUCAGAAACAGGAACUAAUCACAUUUCACCUUUCUUAAACCAGCAUCCCUUUCCUCUUCAUUCUUCAUCCCAUAGAACCUGUUUAAAUCCAGGUACCCAUCACCCUGCCUUAACUCCUGCACCUCACUUACUUGCGGGAUCAUCUAGUCAAACUCCAAUACCUACCAUUAACACUCACCCUCUGACUAGUGGUCCACACCAUUCUGUUCAUCACCCUCAUUUACUUCCUACUGUGUUACCUGGAGUGCCUGCUGCCUCCUUACUUGGUGGCCACCCACGACUAGAGACUGCUCACGCCAGCAGCUUGAGCCACUUAGCAUUAGCACACCAGCAACAGCAACAGUUAUUACAGCAUCAGUCCCCUCAUCUUCUUGGACAAGCCCAUCCUUCUGCUUCAUAUAAUCAGCUUGGACUUUAUCCAAUUAUUUGGCAAUAUCCAAAUGGAACACAUGCAUACUCAGGACUUGGUCUACCUUCUUCUAAGUGGGUUCACCCAGAAAAUGCAGUUAAUGCUGAAUCUUCUUUAAGGAGGAAUUCUCCCAGUCCCUGGUUACAUCAGCCCACCCCUGUGACCUCAGCAGAUGGUGUUGGAUUACUUAGUCACAUUCCUGUCAGACCUUCCAGUGCAGAGCCUCAUCGGUCUCUUAAAAUUACAGCACAUUCCAGUCCACCAUUGACAAAAAGUUUAAUAGAUCACCAUAAAGAAGAACUGGAGAGGAAAGCUUUCAUUGAACCAUUACGUUCUGUUGCAUCCACAUCAGCAAAAAAUGACCUAGAUCUGAAUAGGUCACAGACUGGAAAAGAUGGUCUAUUGCAUAGACAUUUUGUGGAUCCUGUAUUGAAUCAAUUACAGAGACAACCCCAGGAGACUGGAGAGAGAUUACACAAAUAUAAGGAGGAACACCGUCGAAUCCUUCAAGAAAGUAUUGAUGUUGCUCCCUUUACAACUAAAAUCAAGGGGCUUGAGGGUGAGAGAGAUAGUUAUUCCAGAGUAGCAUUGUCAUCUUCUAGCCCUAAAAGCCAUGUCAUUGUCAAACAAGACAAGGAUGUAGAAUGUUCAGUAUCCGAUCUUUAUAAAAUGAAGCACUCAGUGCCUCAGAGUUUGCCCCAAAGUAACUAUUUCACUACAUUGUCUAAUAGUGUGGUCAAUGAACCACCAAGGUCCUAUCCAUCCAAAGAGGUUUCACAUAUUUACACUGAAAAACAGAGUAAUACCCUUGCUGCAACAGCUAACCCUCAAACUCUGACUUCAUUUAUAUCAUCUCUUUCAAAGCCUCCACCCUUAAUUAAACACCAACCAGAAAGUGAAGGUUUAGUAGGCAAGAUACCAGAACAUCUUCCCCAUCAAAUUGCUUCUCACUCGGUAACAACCUUCAGAAAUGAUUGUAGGAGUCCUACCCAUUUGACAGUUUCUUCUACAAAUGCACUCCGGAGCAUGCCUGCUUUACAUAGAGCACCAGUAUUUCACCCACCAAUCCAUCACAGCCUGGAAAGAAAGGAAAGCAACUAUAGUAGUCUUUCCCCUCCAACUUUAACCCCAGUGAUGCCUGUAAAUGCUGGUGGGAAAGUUCAAGAAUCACAAAAGCCUCCAACUCUAAUUCCAGAGCCGAAAGACUCUCAGGCCAAUUUUAAGAGUUCUUCUGAACAGAGUUUGUCAGAAAUGUGGAAAUCUAAUAAUAACCUCAGCAAAGAGAAAGCUGAAUGGCAUGUGGAGAAAAGCAGUGGAAAGUCACAGGCUGCUAUGGCAUCUGUCAUUGUUCGUCCACCAUCUAGUACAAAACUUGAGAGUGUGCCAGCAAUGCAGUUAGCUUCCAAAGAUCGAGUUAGUGAAAGAUCUUCAACUGGGGCAAAUCAAACAGAUUGUCUCAAACCAGCAGAAGCUGGGGAGACUGGAAGAAUCAUUCUGCCAAGUGUGAAUUCAGACAGUGCUCACAUAAAAUCUGAAAAAAAUGUCCAGGCUGUCUCACAGGGCAGUGUUCCCAGUUCAGUCAUGUCUGCCGUAAAUACAGUGUGUAAUACCAAAACGGAUGUAUUCACAUCUGCUGCCACUACCACCAGUGCUUCCAGCUGGGGGGGGUCAGAAAUAAUUUACUCUUUAUCAAAUACCAUUUUGGCCUCUAAAUCCUUAGAAUGUACCUCUUCAAAAAGUGUCAGUCAUUCAGUGGCUCAGAUACAAGAAUGCAGGGUCAGCACCACAGCUCCAGUUACACCAGCCAGUAGUAAGACAGGAAGUGCUGUUCAGCCCAGCUCUGGGUUCUCAGGCACAACUGAUUUUAUCCAUUUAAAAAAGCACAAGGCAGCAUUGGCUGCAGCUCAGUAUAAAAGUUGUAAUGUCAGCGAGACUGAGCCUAAUGCUGUGAAAAAUCAGACAUCUUCAGCCUCCCUUCUCUCAGAUAGCACUGUAGCCUGUAGUACAAUAAACAAAGCAAACUCUGUAGGAAAUGGGCAAGCAUCCCAGACAAGUCAACCUAACUACCAUACUAAACUGAAAAAGGCCUGGCUUACUAGACACUCAGAGGAAGAUAAAAAUACUAAUAAAAUGGAAAAUUCAGGGAAUUCUGUAUCAGAAAUUAUCAAGCCAUGUUCUGUCAAUUUAAUAGCCUCUACAUCCAAUGACAUACAAAAUAGUGUAGAUAGUAAGAUGAUAGUUGAUAAAUACAUAAAAGAUGAUAAAGUCACUAGGAGAAAAGCCAAAAGAACUUACGAAUCUGGCUCUGAAAGUGGAGACUCAGAUGAAAGUGAAAGCAAGUCAGAGCAAAGGACUAAGAGGCAACCUAAGCCAACUUACAAAAAGAAGCAAAAUGACUUGCAGAAGAGAAAAGGUGAAAUAGAAGAAGAUUUAAAACCCAAUGGGGUUCUCAGCAGGAGUGCCAAAGAAAAAAGUAAAUUGAAAUUGCAGAGCAACAGUAAUAGUGCUGGCAUCCCUCGUUCGGUAUUAAAAGAUUGGCGUAAAGUCAAGAAGCUGAAGCAAACUGGGGAAUCCUUUUUACAGGAUGACUCCUGCUGUGAGAUAGGGCCUAAUUUGCAAAAGUGCCGAGAAUGUAGACUUAUUCGGAGUAAAAAAGGAGAAGAACCAACCCACUCCCCGGUGUUUUGUAGAUUUUACUACUUUAGACGAUUGUCAUUUAGUAAAAAUGGAGUGGUUAGAAUAGAUGGUUUCUCUUCUCCUGACCAAUAUGACGAUGAAGCUAUGAGCUUAUGGACACAUGAAAAUUAUGAAGAUGAUGAACUAGACGUAGAAACUUCAAAAUACAUCUUGGAUAUAAUAGGUGAUAAGUUCUGUCAGUUAGUAACAUCUGAAAAAACAGCUUUGUCCUGGGUGAAAAAGGAUGCCAAAAUCGCCUGGAAAAGAGCAGUGAGAGGAGUCCGGGAAAUGUGUGAUGCAUGUGAAGCAACAUUGUUUAACAUUCAUUGGGUCUGCCAGAAAUGUGGAUUUGUGGUCUGCUUAGAUUGCUACAAGGCAAAGGAAAGGAAGAGUUCUAGAGAUAAAGAACUGUAUGCUUGGAUGAAGUGUGUGAAGGGACAGCCUCAUGAUCACAAACAUUUAAUGCCAACUCAAAUUAUACCUGGUUCUGUUUUGACAGAUCUUCUAGAUGCGAUGCACACUCUUAGAGAAAAAUAUGGUAUUAAAUCCCAUUGUCAUUGUACUAACAAACAGAAUAUACAGGUUGGAAAUUUUCCUGCAGUGAAUGGUGUAUCUCAAGUUUUACAGAAUGUUCUUAAUCACAGUAAUAAAAUUUCUCUGUGCAUGCCUGAGUCUCAGCAGCAGAAUAACCCUCAGAAGUCUGAGAGUAAUGGCAACAGCAGCCCAGGGAGUGACGUAAGCACAGACAGCAAGUUAACUCCUCCAGAAUCCCAGUCACCACUGCACUGGUUAGCAGAUCUUGCAGAGCAAAAGUCCAGAGAGGAAAAAAAAGAAAACAAAGAAUUUGCCCUUGAAAAUCAAAUUAAAGAAGAGAGAGAACACGACAAUCCUGAUUCUCCAAAUAGCAGAACAUCACCUCCUGUGUCCCAGAAUAAUGAACAAGGCUCAACCUUACGAGAUUUACUGACCACAACAGCUGGCAAGCUCCGUGUGGGUUCUACAGAUGCUGGCAUUGCCUUUGCCCCAGUGUAUUCGAUGGGAACCCCAAGUGGUAAAAGUGGAAGAACUAUGCCAAACAUUCUUGAUGACAUAAUUGCUUCAGUUGUUGAAAACAAAAUUCCACCAAAUAAAGCCUCUAAGAUAAAUGUAAAACCAGAGCUGAAAGAAGAGCCUAAAGAGUGCAGAAAUUCGUCCACGGAGGAAAACAGUAUGUUGUACAAUGACGUGCCACAUUCUUGGAUCUGUGAGAAGCAUAUUCUGUGGCUUCAGGAUUAUAAAAAUAUUAAUAAUUGGAAGCUUUUCAGAGAGUGUUGGAAACAUGGACAACCUGCAGUGGUUUCUGGUGUGCAUAAGAAAAUGAACAUUAGCUUGUGGAAGGCGGAGUCAAUUAGUCUUGAUUUUGGAGACCACCAAGCUGAUCUCUUGAACUGCAAAGACAGCAUUAUUUCAAAUGCCAAUGUUAAGGAAUUCUGGGAUGGUUUUGAAGAAGUUUCAAAACGGCAAAAAAUGAAAAGUGGAGAAACAGUUGUUUUAAAAUUGAAAGAUUGCCCUUCAGGAGAAGACUUCAAGACUAUGAUGCCAGCAAGAUAUGAAGAUCUUUUAAAAAGCCUGCCAUUGCCAGAAUAUUGUAAUCCAGAAGGAAAAUUCAACUUGGCCUCUCAUUUGCCAGGAUUUUUUGUGCGCCCUGAUCUAGGACCCAGGUUGUGCAGUGCCUAUGGUGUAGCUGCUGCUAAAGAUCAUGACAUAGGAACAACAAAUCUCCAUGUUGAAGUCUCUGAUGUUGUAAACAUUCUAGUCUAUGUUGGCAUAGCCAAAGGAAAUGGCAUUCUUUCAAAAGCAGGAGUACUCAAGAAAUUGGAGGAAGAAGAUUUGGAUGAUGUUUUAAGAAAACGAUUGAAGGACUCAAGUGAAAUACCUGGUGCUCUGUGGCAUAUUUAUGCAGGGAAAGACAUUGACAAGAUAAGGGAAUUUCUUCAAAAGAUUUCAAAAGAACAAGGCCUUGAAGUUCUACCAGAACAUGAUCCAAUACGUGACCAAAGCUGGUAUGUGAACAGAAAGCUCCGCCAAAGACUGCUUGAGGAAUAUGGAGUCAGAACUUGCACUCUCAUUCAGUUCCUCGGUGAUGCCAUUGUCUUACCAGCAGGAGCACUUCAUCAGGUACAGAAUUUUCACAGCUGUAUUCAGGUAACUGAAGACUUUGUGUCUCCAGAACAUCUUGUACAGUCAUUUCAUUUAACACAGGAACUGAGACUCUUGAAGGAGGAAAUCAAUUACGAUGAUAAACUACAGGUUAAAAAUUUAUUGUAUCAUGCAGUUAAGGAAAUGGUGAGAGCUUUGAAGAUACAUGAAGACGAAGUAGAGGAUAUGGAAGAAAAUUAGGUGUGGUCCAGUUUGAUACUUUUAGGCCAUUGAACUGUAAUUACUUUCGAACGAUGAUAAGUAUGCACAUUGACUUAAGCUUCAUAAAACCAUCAGUGCCAAGAAAUUCUCUUUUGUAGCAAUUACUUGUUACUGAUACCGCAGCAGUAUAGCAUAAGUCACAGUUCCUGUGAUGCAAUGUUAGUUAUGAAAACAAGCUAAAUUUAAAAAGCAGCACUUCAUGGCUGUUUUUGUAUUAUAGUGUAUAUGAUGUUUGUGAAAAUGCCAGAUUUAAAAUGAUGUAUUUAUUUUUGACAAAAAAAAACCACAAAAUUCUACGCUAUAUUGUUGAUCAAGUGUAAAUGUGACCUUGUACAGUUUACUAAAAUAACGGAUAUUUUUCACUACAUUGAGACAGUUACUGUGAGAAUAGGACACAAACACCAGCUAUUGCCUGCAUUUGGGAAAUUGCUGAAUCGCACAGCAUUCAUGUCAUAAUCAGAAAUUACUGCCAAAUAAUUGUAAAAUUUGUAAAAUAUGAAGUAUAUAAAGUAGAUACUAAAUACGGACACUUCAAUAUUUUGUUGAAGCUAUUGACUGUACAAUUUAACAUUUUCAAAAGGUGUAAUUUAUUUAAAAUUGUCUCAUUUUGGUAAAAUUUAUGUGAACUUUUAAAGCUAAAUAUUAAACUUAAUAUGCUAUGUAAAUAUAUACAUAUAUACAUUUAAUGAUGUAUUUUUUUAAAACAUUGGCUUGCUUUUAUUUGUUAAAAGUGCAAGUGUUACAUAUGGCUUUGUACAUUAAAGUUGAAAGGGGUUUUACAUUUUCCAUUAAAAGGACUUUAUCAAAAAAU